AUGAACAUUUUGAGACGAGCCUUAGCACGGAGAUACGAGAUCUUUUGCCAGAGUACGACGGGCGCUCGCCGCUACCUCCACCUGGCGCCCCCGUUCCUCCUGGACGACUACACACCCCGUUACAUGGCCUUGUCCUCCAUCGAUGAAUCCAAAAAGCGAUCAAAGGCCUACGCCCAUCUGUCCAAGUGCAAUCUCUGUCCACGUCUCUGCGGCGUCAACCGUUUCGAGACGACUGGAAUGUGUCUGAUUGGCAAUGAUACCAAAGUCAACGUGAUUGCUCCGCACUUUGGUGAAGAACCUUGCGUCCAGGGACACAAUGGCAGUGGCGCUGUAUUCUUCUCGGGUUGCAAUUUGCGUUGUGUAUUCUGCCAGAAUCAUGACAUUGCACAUCAGCGUAACGGCCAAGACUUAACGCCCGAGGAGCUGGGCGAAUGGUACGUCAAGCUACAGCAAAUUGGCCGCGUUCACAACAUCAACCUAAUCACCCCGGAACAUGUCGUUCCUCAAGUUGUCCUCAGCAUCCUGCAUGCGAAGGAGCGCGGCUUGCGACUACUUGACGGCCUGGUGGACAUUUAUCUACCUGAUUUCAAGGUAUGGGAGUCGGCGACAUCCAAGCGGUUGCUCAAGGCGGACGACUAUGCCGCCACGGCCCGCGAGAGCAUCAAAGCAAUGCAAAAUCAGGUUGGUGACCUGUGCUUUACCGGAGAUGGCAUCGCCAAGAGUGGCCUUCUAGUACGCCAUCUUGUCAUGCCCGGAAAGGAGCAAGAGGGAUAUCGGAUAAUGCAGUUCUUGGCAGAGGAAGUUUCCAGAGACUGUUUCGUCAACAUUAUGGAGCAGUACCACCCGGAUGCGCACGUUGGCAAAUCCAAGAGACGCAAAAAGAGCAUCGACCAGGACGACGAGGUCCGAUAUAGCGAAAUCAACCGAGCCGUAUCGGGAGACGAGGUAUCCUCGGUCCGAAAAGCUGCGGAAGCGGCUGGUCUCUGGCGGUUCUGCGACCCUCCUCGGCACGAAGGCUUCAACAUCUGA